AUGAAUGUUGCCAUGGAAGCGGAGAUGAAUGUUGUCAUGGAAGCAGAUAACCGGCACGAGUUCACAUCCAGCUGUCCAUCCCAGAACAGCAGCUGCUCCUCCAGCCCAGAAGUGUUGCCUUCAGGAACCCACGAUGACAGCCCGACCCACUACACCCGCUGCACCGGCACCUUUAUCCACCGUCCCGGCACCGUUAUCCCCAAUCGGAUCUUUGUUGGGGGAAUUGACUGCAACGUUAAUGAGAGCGACCUGCGACACGUCUUCUCUCAACAUGGUGCAGUAAAAGAGGUGAAGAUUGUGAUAGAUCGCUCAGGACUAUCAAAGGGAUAUGGCUUUGUUACAUUUGAGAGCCAAGAUGACGCUCUGAAAAUCCUUCAUGAUGCUAAUGGAAUCUGUUUUAAAGACGAGAAGCUCAACAUUGGUCAGGCUGUCCGUAGGCAGCAAGCUACAGCACAAACCAAGAGUGUCCUUGUGCCCGCCCCUGACUCUGCCAUGCUUCGGCCCAUCUCCUGUGGGACCACACCUGCAGGCUGUCCUUACAUCUACCACAACGGAGCGGCCUACUUCCACUGCCCCAACAUGCCCCAACCUCUUGCCUACCACUGGCCUGUCAGCCAUCAGCCUGUCUACCAGCAGCCAGCAUAUCACCACCACCACCAGUGUGCCCCGAACCAGUAUCAGUGGAACGUCGUCCAGUCGCCGAUGCCCCCCAGUCCAGUCGUGUACCCCCAGCCGUCAGAAUAUCUGUAUCAGCCUGCUGACGGAGGCCCCGUCCAGCCUCCUCUGCCCGUCAUGGAGGACACCACACCAGAGUUUGUUGAGCCCACGGUGCUGCAGGUUUACCCGUCGUAUCCUCCAAGAACUGACGGAAUGACCCCCAUCGUUCUGCAACACGACCCUAGAAAGAAUCUGAUGUUUCCCCCUGUGCAGGUCCACCGGAUGCCAAAGUACCGCCGGUUCAUCCACCACGAGGACUACCACUACCUGCCAGAAGCAGCAGAGCCACCAGGCGCCUCCAUGCUUCACACUCACCAACCUCUCAUGUAGGCUAAACACACGACCUCUCAUGUCCGUUUAGUCACUCUUCCUUCUCCAAUAUACUCUCUAUUGAUAUGAUCUAUCAACUGUCUACCCUGUGCCUUACAACAUAAUGCAGUGUGUGAUUUCUUAGCCAGAGACUUUGUCUGUUGCUCCUCCACCUUGUAGACUCUCAGCCCUCAGAUCUGUGUCUGUGUUGAUGCUGUAAUACAGCUGGAUGAUUGAGGUUUGCGCUACGUUGCAGUGGCUCACAUUGCAUACUGUACAUAACAGUAUUCAUAGUAAUGUCUUCACUGUAAUCGUUUUGAUAACACAAAAACUGCCGUGACUGAACAAUGUCUUGAAAUCUGAUUAUUCAGAUUUGCAGGUUUCUUAUUAUUGGAGCUCAGCUAAUGUCUUCAGCUCUUCAGAGUUAAUGAUCUGUGACGGAGUCAGGAGAUUUAAAUACUUUUUACCACAAACCUUUAAGCUGGAAUUCAAUUUUAAACCUUAAAAAUGUACAAUAUCGAAAAAAUAGUCAAACAAUUACACUUUAAAACCUGAUUAUUUCCUUACAAACAAACUCAAACUUGGCUUUAAAUCUGUGAAGAGUACGUUCAAGCUCAGGUCGACCAUCUUUCUGAUUUCACUUGAACAUAACUUGAACCCUUUUUUUACACUUUGUUUAUGUUUUGCCCUUUUCACAGCGUUAUGUUAGCUACAUGCACACAGACACGUUAUGAUGCAGCUGAGAAUAUUUCUCAUUUUACCUUUUGUUUGAGGCUCACUGAGAUGAAUGGGCAAUCUUUUAGGAUCCUCCUCUUAGGAUUUUCAUCCAUUUCUCAGUAAGAUGAUGAUGGAAAUUUGUCUGCACUAUUGUUACUAGACUAAGGCCUUUAUCAGCUCUAAUUGAUUUAUUAAUAACACUUUAGAACCAGGAGAAAGCAGCUUUAUUAUUGAAACGGUACCGAAGAAACAACGUCAUGAACACGUAAUGUAUUCUCUAUAAAACAGGCUGAUUGUGAGAGUGCAUAUUUAGCCGUUUCUGACAGCACAAUCCUUCCAUGAAUGUGUACCGGUUACUGAGCAAUUUUAUACAUCAGGAAUCAUCAUUUUAUAUUUGGAAAUAUAAAAUAGAUUAGAUUACAGAUUUGUAAUCACAGAACAUGUAUGUUAGAGGAAAAGGUUGUGUGUUACUUUUCUAGUGUUAUAAAAGUUCAUAUAGUUUAAAUGGGCUGUUUCCAAAUCUCUAACACACCUGCCCUGAAAUUCAAUAUGGAUUAUAUUGCAUUUGAAAGAUAUCUAUUUUUUAAAUAAUAUAUUUCCCUGGAUAUUUUAUUGCAAAUCUACUCAAUCCUUAUGCUGUAAUGUUCUAUGUCAUAUUUGUUCAGUUUGACGUAUUUGUGCUCAUAAUUCAGGUGAAAUGUUCAUUUUUCAGUGUGCUUUUUGUUUUAUUGUAUUACCAACUCCAUAUAUUCUGUCUUGGGAUCAAACUCCGCUAUUGACAGUGAAAUGUAUAACCAAAGAAUCUAAAAUAUGUGUGAUUUGUUUACAUAUUCUUAAAUGUGCGGUCUGUACUACUAAAUGUCACAUGACACUCACUUGUUUUGCUUUAGUUCAGUGUGUUAUAAUAAAU